CUCAAGAUUCCUGUCCCCUACGGCCAUCUAGCUGCCAAGGAAUGGCUGCCUAGGCCUAACGAGGACCCGAAUCGCCGCCUGCUCUGCCUCCAUGGCCACCAGGACAACGCCGGGAGCUUCGACGCGCUUCUGGCCGAGUUGGACCCGCGGUGGCACGCCGUGGCGCUGGAUCUCACGGGCCACGGGCUGUCCACGCACCUCCCCAGAGGUAAGAAAACUUGUCCUUCUUGACGCCUUCGGCCAUCACUUUGAGCGAUCGAGCACUGUCCUCGAAAGGACUAGAGGCCUCACCCUGGAAUCUCUGCGCCUCGACGACAGGGACACCGGAAGUCAGUCCUGCUACACCGUCGACGAGAUAGUCCAGCUCUACGCCAAGGCGGGGUUCCAGUAUUUUCCACGAGACGUGGAGGUGCUGAUGCAGCGUGGCGGCAGGCGAACGGGAGAUGGCCGAUUCUUCUUCACCAGGGACGCACGCACCAAGGCCUCCUUCUGGACCAGGGUGGAUCGAGCCGAGAUCGAGGAUUAUAUGAAGGGCUACACGAACGACAUGUUCGUGUUGCAUGCUUUGCCGGGCUUGGGCUACAGCGUGACCUGUCAGAGGCUGGUUGCUGAUAUAUGUAGAAAGAACUGUAAGAGCUUCGAGAUGGCUUGCGUGGAAGGGAACCACCAUGUGCACAUGAAUCGUCCCGACCUGGUGGCGGCGCAUGUUGGUCCAUUUCUCGAAAAGCCCUGAGGUUUCGAGCUGAUUUUUAAGGUUGCACUAUAUGCUGUCGCUUUCUUACACGAGUCGAGUUUUCUGACGGUUGCACCUGACCUUUUGGGCUUAUGGAUACCGAUAUGAUUUUGAUACUAAUUAUUAAUUAUUACAGAAUUAUUAGAUGGUUAUAAUGAUGGUGACUGAGGACGGUGUUGUUCUGUGUGCCAGCCUACUUCUCCCUCUGCGUUUUGCGUUGUUCUCUUUACCGCUGUGUGUCGCAUAACGCAGCAGCGAGCACCUAUGGUCACUGGCAGGAUGAGAACAGCAGCUAAGGAGUUCCUCCAGCUGUUUCAUUUCCAGCGCAAGCUUCCUUCCUUCGAUAAUGCUUGGGCGUCUUGUGAGCCUCGUGGCACGCGGAGCCGAAGCACGGCGUGGAGCAGCGAGCGCUUGCUGGAGUCCAGGCAUUGGAAUGUGACGCCUUGCCGUUCUGAUCCUGUGCAGUGCUAUAGGGAGUAUUCACUGGGCGCCAUAUUUGUGGGUGCUGUCUAGAGCGCAUGCUCAGAACGAGCCC